AUAAAAUAACAUCAUUGUCGCCCAUGCUGCUGCUGGUCUGGGAUGAGCAUUUCGUCUCGAAUAUCAGUCUCUAUGUUGGCAUCCAAAUUAGGAACCACUCUGUGAUUCAUCUCCGCCGCAGCCUCCUCUAUGGCCUUCCACGCCUCCUGCGCCGUUUCCGUCGCUCUGUCCUUCGCUUCCUUCUCGUAAAAUUCCGUUUCACGGCGGCGGCGGCGGCGGCCAUUGUUACUGUUGAUUUCACUUCUCCCUUUCUCUUUCCUCUCUUCAGUUACGACAUCUCCUUCCUGUUCUUGCUUGUUUGAGUUCUUCAUCUCCGUCUUGAGAUUGGGAUCCGGGAAGGCCAAACCUCAGUUCUGUAGCCUUAAGAUUCAAUCUUUCUGCUCUUUCUGAUGAAGAAGAAGCCAUUAGAGAAAUCAAAACAAAUUAAAAGGAUGAAGGCCUGAAAUUCUGUAAUACAUAGUUUUAUAAUUGAAAGCCUGAAUUGACUGAAAUAAAAAUAAAUUACACUUUUACCU